AAGGGGAGGGCUUGGGGCGGGAAGAUGGCUUCCACCAAGCGGGUGCUGUAUGUGGGUGGACUUGCGGAAGAGGUGGAUGAGAGAGUUCUUCAUGCUGCCUUUAUUCCCUUUGGAGAUAUCACUGAUAUUCAGAUACCUCUGGACUAUGAAACUGAAAAGCACCGGGGAUUUGCUUUCAUUGAAUUUGAGUUGGCAGAGGACGCUGCAGCAGCUAUUGACAAUAUGAACGAAUCUGAGCUUUUUGGCAGGACGAUUCGUGUCAACUUGGCCAAGCCAAUGCGGAUUAAGGAAGGCUCUUCCAGGCCGGUCUGGUCGGAUGAUGACUGGUUGAAGAAGUUUUCGGGGAAGACGCUUGAGGAGAAUGCAGAGGAAGAGGGUGCAGAGCCUUCCAAAUCAGAGGCGCAGGAGGGUGAGCCUCCUGCUAAGAAGUCUAGAGCCAAUCCUCAGGUGUACAUGGACAUCAAGAUUGGAAACAAGCCCGCAGGCCGACUCCAGAUUCUCCUGCGCUCGGACAUUGUGCCCAUGACAGCGGAGAAUUUCCGCUGCUUAUGCACCCACGAAAAGAGCUUUGGCUUCAAGGGAAGCAGUUUCCACCGCGUCAUCCCCCAGUUCAUGUGUCAGGCUGGAGAUUUCACCAACCACAAUGGCACCGGAGGCAAAUCCAUCUACGGGAAGAAGUUUGAUGAUGAAAACUUUAUUCUGAAGCACACGGGACCAGGGUUGUUAUCAAUGGCGAACUCUGGCCCAAACACCAACGGCUCCCAAUUCUUCAUCACUUGUGAUAAAACGGACUGGCUGGACGGCAAGCAUGUGGUCUUUGGAGAGGUGACGGAAGGGAUGGAGGUGGUGCGGCAGAUCGAGGCUCAAGGCAGCAAAGAUGGGAAACCCAAGGAGAAAGUGAUCAUUUCAGACUGUGGGGAGUAUGUGUGAGCCCCUGUCUGUCAGGAGUCUGGAUGGGGUGACCAGAUGAGCAGUGAAGGCUGGAAGUUGUUCUGGAUGGGGAAAAAAGAACUGGAGCCUGCCAAGGAGAAAAGUCACCUUGUUACUCCACAAGUCCCACUUGCCACAUAGUUUCUUUAGAAACUACCAUAUUGGCUUGGGCUGGACAGUCUGGUCAGCAGACAGCAUAGGCUCAUCAGUGGGUGCUUUUCCACCCGGGGAGGGCACAGGAAGCUUCCUUUAAAAAAACGUGCAAAUAGUUUGUCCAAUCCAGAGUGGAUCCUCUGUCCCUCCUCUGCGAGGCAUCUCCAAUCCUGCCGGUGUCUUCCGUAGAGAAUUUUUACUUGUUUAAAAUAAACCAGAGCUUUUAUAAA